GUUGUGAUAAACUUAUUAAAUAGAGCUUCUCAUGUCAUUGGACACACAGCAGAUUCUGUGUCAGUGUUGUAUUUGGAGUGUGGAAUAUCAAGACCAACUACUGCCCUCAUGUGAAGACAGUUUCGCAGUGAGACAGUACAAGGAUAAAAGAAACACAGUAUCAGAUACGCCUCUUACAUUCCACAGAAAUACUGCUCUAUUAGAUAGAGGUUGUCUGGUAACUCCUUCCAGUAAACGGUCGGACAAAUUGAAGUUCAGCCUCCCUGAGUUCGAGACCCUUCUUCGCAACCAGGAAGUGGCCUCUUUUCAGUGGAGAACGAGACUCUAUGUCAUCAUCAUCUUCGUCAACCGUACUUUUGCACAUGUCUACGUCAACUCAGAAACAGGAGACUUGGAGUUUAUGUUCAUAGACAACAGUUUACAAAAUAAAUUCACAUCUGACGAAGAAAUUAAUGAUGCAAUCAUAUCGGAACAGUUCUACGUGUUCUCGUUCAGAGGCAGCAAUAGAAUAGGCGUCAUCUCCUUCAGCAAACAGCUGCCAAUCUUCUUCUCUGGCUCCAAAGUGGCCAAACUGUCCAGCUUCACUCCCAAACUGGUCUACUAUGACCUCCCUGUCUCGUCCAUCGGAGGCGUGCCCUCAAACUGGAGGCUGUUUGCGAAUAGAGGCCACAGCACAAUAGUAGUUUAUGCUAAACCAGUGACAGCUGCUGCAUCUCAUAAUAAACAGGGAAGAGCGGCAACAUCCUCUAGUGCAUCUACCACAGAGAUCGGAACAUCAAAGGCCACCAAUGACCUGGUAGUGUUCACAAUGUCAUCACGUGGAGUUGCAGUACAGACAGGCAAAUGUUACCUGGGCAAAGAAGUACUAGACUUGUGUUUCACUGAGAGUGGCUUCCAGACAGUAGACAGAGACAUCCACUCCUCCAGGGGUUCAUACCAGAUCAGCCAUGUCACCACUACUGGAACAGGAGAGCCACUCUUGUCAGAGGUCAAAUGUCUGCAAAUGAAGGGUGAGCUUAUGUGUUGCAAGUGGUCUCCCAAUGGUCGCCUGUGUGCAGUGUCUGGAACAGGAAAAGAACUCCAAAUAUUCGACAAUGUGACCCAGAAGACGACCCAACUGACUCAUUCUCUCAGAGUGGAUAAUGUGCACUUCAUAUGUUGGCACUCUAGUAGUGUCGUCCUCUUUCUGUUCAGUCGCAAAGGAGACAUUCAGAUUGUAGAUGUUGCAGGCAAUGAGUUCAACGUUGCACUCUGCACAGAAAAAGUGAGAAAAGUAUCUUUGAGGUCUCACGAGUCAAACUCAACUCUGAGUUUGAGACAGAUAUUCAGACACACUCGGUCCAACAUCCACAACAUCGGAUCCUGUUACAAGAUCGAACUGAGUUUGUUGGAGGCGAACAACAGAAGCAUACAACCGCACACGAAGAUUCUAGUCUUUCUCGAAAGGGGUCCCUUCAUCAUGUUCGAUUUCAUCACCCCCAAAUUCACCAUGAAGAAUCUUAUUCUAUCUCGCAUAUCGACUGCCAGAAACACCCUCUCAAACACCUUCAAGCUACUGGAGAAGUUGAACUGGAAUGAAGACCACGAGUUGUUGUUUUUGGCCAUCAGUAGGAUUCUAAGCCGACUGCUCUCUAGGCCGAUUGGAUUUGAGGCCGAAGAUGCGGUCGAUAGAGUGCUGGAUCUAUUCUACGAACCGUUCAACGGUGGUCAGGUGAGUGAGGUGGUGGGUGAAGAGUAUGAGCACAGCAUGUACCACUUCUCCCUCAAGUACAUGCACUCCCUCAUGCGAACAGGCAGACUGGAGAAGGCACUCAACGUCGCCACUGCCAUCAACAGUCCCGACAGCUGCAUGGACGUGUGUCACAUGGCGACUGACUUGAAAGAGUUCGAACUGGCUAAAGUGGCAAGAUUUCACGCAGAGACCAUCCUGCAGUCUGAAGAGUACGAUGCAGAGGCCUCGUGUCUCUUCCCAAAACUCGAUUUCAACCAACAAAACGAAGAGGGGGAGGGAAAGAGAGAAGGAGGUCAAGGAGCGAAUCAGAGGACAGGUUCGGUGCAGGGUCAAGCUAGCGAGGAUGCGCCCCCUCUGUUCCCCAUUCCUUCUUUGGAAGAACUGCAGAGGAGGGAUGUGGUGAAAGAUGCGAUAGUGGAGGAGGCACUGAAGGGACUCUACCUGGUCAAUGAGCCACUGGGAGACAGCGAGGAUGAGACAACCAGCGAAGAGAGGUCUCGAACUGAGGGCCAAAACAAUGACACAGUUGACGGAGAAGGGGAAGGGGAUGAGGGGGAGAUAAGGAGGAGGAGAUCCACCAUUACUUCCUGUCACUCGGGGAGGGGAGACAAAAUAGGAGCAGGCACAGAAACUCUUCCGAAGCCACCGGCAGCAAAAACAGGCACGUCUUCGUCCUUCCAGUUCGGAAUACUGUGACUGCAGGCGGAAACCUGGAAUCUCCUGGCACCCUUGUUGCAAGCCACGAUCUCAGAUCACAGUUGUCAGCCAGUAUCUAUGACUCCAGUACUUCAUGUAUCGUCGUUUAUUUUUCAGUUAACUAUUCACUUAACCCAAUCUCUGGCUUAUUUUCUCCCUGUUUUGCCUCCUGGGAUGACUGAAUCUGUACAAACGAUUAGUUUCGAAAAAUGAAGAAUUUGGUACCGAUUUUUAUAUUUUCGAGAUCAUCGCGUUUUCGUCUUUGAUCUGUUUUAGUUUUUCCUCUCUUUAUGGUGCUUACUCAUUGAAGUUUUAUCUUGUAAAAAAGAUCAUAAUCUGUACAUAUUAACUCAUAGAUAAGUAAAUACUGAUGUGUAAAUGUGUUUUAUUUGAACAAAAAGUUUGAAAGUACUCUUUGUUUUGUAAAUUAAAAGUUGAAAAAUAAUU